AUGCCACCCGAUAUUGAUACCACCAAGCUUACCGUCCAAGAACAUGCCCUGCCAUCGCUUUGUGAAUCAGCACCCAGUUCAUCGGUACCAGGAUCACCGGUUUCUAGACCCACAAAAGGACUUAUAUCGUCAUUCUCGUCGUCAUCUACGCUCGCAAAUCUUGAAACCGAAUCAUGUAACCGAGAUGUAGAGCGAAAACUCACUCAAACUACUGAUACUUCUGAUCAAUUGAACAAGGAAGAUGAAGAGCUAGGGGCCUCCGCGUCAUCCAAGCAGAUUGAUCAGCAACCAUAUCACAUCUUCAGCAGAAAAAGAAAGAAGCAAAUGGUCUAUAUUGUCUCGUUUGCUGCUCUAUUCUCUCCCUUGUCUUCGAAUAUUUACUUUCCUGCUCUAGGUGAUGUUUCAAAGAAAUUGAACAUUUCCAUGCCCCUCGCAAACUUGACAAUAACCGUAUAUAUGAUUGUCCAAGGCAUAGCACCUUCCUUCUGGGGCUCUUUGGCAGAUUCUGUUGGUCGACGAUCCGUUUUCAUGGGCACAUUCGUCGUGUAUCUAAUUGCCAAUAUUGUGCUUGCAUUUUCGAAUAACUAUACCCAAGUCAUGGUUUUUCGUGCGGUGCAGGCAGCUGGAAGUGCUGCAACAAUCUCUAUCGGCGCGGGGGUGAUCGGAGACCUUACCACAUCAGACGAGCGAGGAGGUUUAGUUGGAACAUUCGGUGGAGUUCGAAUGUUAGGCCAGGCCAUUGGUCCCGUUUUUGGAGGUCUUUUGACUCAGUACUGCGGUUAUCAAUCAAUAUUCUGGUUCCUGACGGCUUUCGGGGGACUCAGUCUCGUCACUAUUAUUUUUUUUCUGCCAGAAACGUUACGGACCAUCGCUGGAGAUGGCACAGUCCGACUGAAAGGCUUUCAUCAUCAACCUAUUAUCUACAUGCUCACUGGCCAGCCAAAUGUCAACAAACAUUCGAUUCCGGAUGGAAAGCGAGUUGGUGUUAAGCUUCUGACUAUAUUCGAGCCGCUCAUAUUCCUAGCUGAAAAGGAUGUUUUCAUCACUUUAUUUUUUGGCAGCAUUGUCUAUACAGUAUGGAGUAUGGUGACGUCCAGUACGAUGUCCGUCUUCGAACACGCAUACGAGCUAGAUUCUUUGAAAGUCGGUCUCAUAUUUCUCGCCAAUGGAGCCGGAUGUGUGAGUGGUUCCUUCUUAAUGGGAUGUCUCAUGGAUAGUGAUCAUCGGCGUUACGAGAUGAAAUACUGCAAAGCCAACGGAUACCCAAUCGAGACUCGAAUUAAUUUACGAUCGUACCAAGACUUUCCCAUCGAACAAGCUCGGUUGUAUAAUAACUGGUGGAUUGUCUUGAUAUUCGUUAUUUGCAUUGCCGGUUAUGGGUUCACUCUGGAAGCACCCAAGUCAUUGAUGCCGUUGGCCAUCCUCCUCCAAUUCUUCAUUGCUUUCACCGCAACUGCUGUUUUCAGCGCCAAUAGUGCCUUGAUUAUUGACUUGUACCCUGGGAAAAGCGCAAGUGCGACAGCAGUCAAUAAUCUCAUUCGCUGCUCCAUCGGUGCUGCCGGUGUCGCUGUUAUCGAAAUCCUCAUCGAUGCUUUAACUGCCAAGUAUACGUUCCUCUUGCUCGCGUGUAUAACUGUGGUGACCUCGCCGCUACUUCUUUUGGAGCUUAUGAAAGGCGCUGAGUGGCGUUUAGCACGACAGGCACGACUUACCAAAAAAUAA